GAGGCCAAACCCUAGCCGCACGAUUCCCCUCUCUCUCUCGUCAUUAUUCCUCCCUUCUGCCUUCUCCAUUUUCUCUGAAAGAAGACGCAAAGGGGAGUCGGCGAUUGAACCAAAUCCCGACUUCCUUCUUAGUUGCAGGCGAGAAAUGUGCUUCGGAUCCGGUCUCCUCCAUCAUCAAUCUGACUUCUCCUUCCCUUUCCUUUAUUGGUGAAUGACGAGGAGAAGGGAUGAGAGUCAAGACGGCGGCAAUCGAGGGAAAACGGUGGCGGUCGCCAGCGAUGACGGCAGCGAGGUUUUGUUUUGGAACCGAAAGAAUGGAAGAACGACGGGAAACGAGGGAGAGGAGCCAGCCUCGACGACGACAACGGCGAGAGGUCUAUCCGGCCGACGAGUUAUGAGCGAAGGAAAGAAGACUGCCGCCGGCGACAGUCUCGGGCUUCGCCGACGGGGAAGACGAAGAUGACAGGGCUUGACCCUUUUGGUUUUGAGUAAGAGGUGGAAGAAGAAGAAAUAAAAUUAGAAAGGGGAAAGAAGGUGACAGUAUGAAGAAGAGAGUGAGGGAAUGUUUGUCUUUGUUUUUCUAUUUUGUUUUCGGCUUCUCUUUUCUGUUUGGUAUUUUGAGGAAGAGGAGGAAGGAAGUGACAGAGAAGAAAAGGUUCAGGGAAUGUUGGGAUGAGAUAGCAUGCCUACCCAUAAAAGAGUUGGCAAAAUGACAACCCCUAUUAAUUAUAGGUUUUUAAGAUAAUUAAUUUGUGUUGCAUUUAAUAAUCUGCAUGAAUUAAAAACACAUAUUAAUUACUUUCCUUUUUUCAGUGCACUGGUAGUUGUAUCAGUGCACUAGUAGUUGUGUAAAGGUGCAAUGGUAGAUGUAUCACUGCAAUGGUAGUUUCAAAAAAGGAACGUAAUUAAUAUGAGUUCAGUAUACCAGUGCACUGAUACAGAUUAUUAAAUGCAACACAAAUUAAUUACCUUAAAACCUAUAAUUAAUAGGGGUUGUCAUUUUGCAAACCCAUACAAGGAUUAGCAUGCUAACCGAUCCCGGGAAUGUUUUUUUGUUUUCCCCUCUUUUGAUCAGAGCUAAAGAGCUCUUUUUAUAGCCAAAAAUCAUAUGUGUUGGCACAAUGUAAUUGGAUUUGAGAGGAUAUAGGAGCCGCCCUCUAUGUUUGUGUAGCUUAUGGAUUGAGUCGGACCGGUUUGGGUAUGUGAAGUGGGCUAAACCGGUUUGGGUUGGGCUGACAUGGGCAUGAUUGGUGAAUUGAGGUUUUUGGGCUUUUGUGUGGACUGACCCGUUGACUGGCAUUGACCAGAGUUGACUGGGCUUUAACUUGGGCCGAAAUUCAUUUAUUGAAUUGUAAUUAGUGUUUUGUAAUAGCAAUUAACAGUGUAAUCAAUUACAAAUAUUAUGUAUUGUAACC